CGAUGUGCAGCGACCUACGUGUUGUCGACAGCGUUAAACGCGUCUAAUUUAAAAAAAACAAAACAAAAAAAAAAACACCUUUGUAUGUAUAUUCCAAAGUUGCGGCGCUAGGGUUUUAAUUGCAGUGUUUUAAUAAUAUUUAUUUAAAAUGUACUGUCUUAUUCAAAAUAUUGUCCGUCACUCGCGUAAAAUCUGAUGUUAGCUCCCAACAUGUCUGCGCCCUAAGUAGCUACCUGUCUAAGACCGUUCAGACGUAGGAGAAAAGUGUAUAUGUUCUGCGACUUUCAAACGAAGCCAGCAUUGACAAGUGACCUCGCUUUAGCCACUGGACUUCCUAUCGUUACUAGGCGAUGUGGAAAUCUACCAGUGGCAGGUGUUUCAGGGCAGGCACUGGAAGCAUCCACAGCGUCUGGACUACAUGGGGGGAUAGACUGUGCUCUCAGACGACCGCGCCUCCACCCUCUUCCUCUCUGCAUCCUCUGAGGUCUCAGGCAGAAAAGGCAAAGCGGAAAAACAAGAGAGAAAAGGCUAUACUCAGCAGUAAUGUUGAUAACUCUGGAGUGAAAUGGUCAGAAAAAGAGAGGGCAAUAUACACCGGUGCCACGCUGCCUGGAGAGAAGAAAGACACCACUCUGCCCCUCCCACAGACGUACAGUCCAAAAUAUGUGGAGUCCUGCUGGUAUCACUGGUGGGAGAAAGAGGAAUUAUUCAGCCCCGAGAAACACAGGGAGAUCCCACAUGCUGUUGACAAGUAUUUCUCUCUUUGCAUCCCACCGCCAAAUGUCACUGGUGCUCUGCAUCUUGGACAUGCACUGACAGUGGCCAUAGAGGAUUCUUUAGCUCGCUGGCGCCGUAUGCAAGGCUACAAGGUGCUGUGGGUGCCAGGCUGUGACCAUGCUGGGAUUGCAACACAGUCGGUGGUGGAGAGGAGAUUGUUACGGGACUAUGGCAAGCGUCGGCAGGAAUACUGUAGAGAGGAGUUCCUGCAGGAGGUGUGGAAAUGGAAAAAGGAGAAAGGAGAUGAAAUUUAUCACCAGCUCAGGCAGCUAGGAGCGUCACUGGACUGGAGCAGGGCCUGUUUCACUUUGGACCCGGGCUUCAGCAGGGCUGUCACAGAGGCCUUUGUGAGGAUGUGUGACUUGGGGCUCAUCUACCGCUCUGAGAGCCUGGUUAACUGGAGUUGCAGCCUUGAGUCAGCCGUCUCAGACGUUGAGGUAAACUCAAAGCAGCUGUCUGGCAAGACCCUUUUAUCCAUCCCUGGUUACCAGCAGAAAGUAGAAUUUGGCACCAUGGUUACAUUUGCCUAUCCUAUAGAGGGAAAUGACGGAGAGGUCGCUGUGGCAACUACACGCCCUGAGACCAUGUUGGGGGAUGUGGCUAUUGCUGUGCAUCCUCAUGACCCCCGAUAUCAGAGUCUCCAUGGACAAAAAUGCAGACACCCUUUUACAAAUAGGCUGUUGCCUAUAAUCACAGACACUGUGGUGGACAUGGAGAUAGGAACAGGAGCUGUGAAGCUGACUCCUGCUCAUGACUUCACUGACUUUGUGCUUGCGCAGAGACAUUCUCUGCCACGACUCACUGUGAUUGGAGGAGACGGAACCAUGACCUCUCUCUGUGGCCAGUGGCUCAAGGGUGUAAAGCGAUUUGAGGCCAGAGAGAAAGUCAUUGGUGCACUGAUGGAGAAGAAGCUGUUCAGAGGAAAGAGGGACCAUGCCAUGUAUUUACCUAUUUGCAGCCGAUCUGGAGAUGUCAUUGAACCCUUGCUGAAGAAACAGUGGUUUGUUCGUUGUGAGGGAAUGGCACAAAAGGCAAUUCAGGCUGUUGAUGAGGGAGCGCUGGAAAUAAUUCCUCACUUCUACACUAAAAUUUGGAAGAAUUGGCUGUCUAACAUCAGUGAUUGGUGCAUUUCCAGACAACUUUGGUGGGGUCAUCAGAUUCCAGCUUAUCGAGUGUCUUUUCCAGACUCUGAUGACACACAAGAAGAGAAGUGGGUCUGCGCCAGCAGUGACGCACAGGCCAGGGAGCGUGCUGCCAUUAAGUUCGGAGUAAGCCCUGAUGCCAUGACUCUGACUCAGGAUCCAGAUGUGCUGGACACAUGGUUCUCUUCGGCUCUUUUUCCUUUUGCCAUACUAGGCUGGCCUCAGCAGACAGAGGACAUGAAGCAGUUCUAUCCCAAUACUGUUCUGGAGACAGGAAGUGACCUUAUCUUUUUCUGGGUGGCCAGGAUGGUGAUGCUAGGCACAGAACUGACUGGCCAGCUGCCCUUUAAACAGGUGCUCUUUCAUUCGCUGGUGAGAGAUAAGUAUGGCCGAAAGAUGAGUAAAUCUUUGGGAAAUGUCGUCGACCCUCUGGAUGUAAUCUCAGGUGUCUCUCUGGAGGGACUUCAAAAAAAAGUAAUGGAAGGGAAUCUGGACCCAAGAGAGAAAUCCGUUGCUAUGGAGGCACAGAGAAAAGAUUUCCCAGAGGGCAUUCCAGAAUGUGGCACAGAUGCCUUACGAUUUGCUCUCUGCUCUUACAAAGCACAAGGGGAGGACAUAAGUUUGUCCAUGUCUCGGGUGCUGGGCUGCAGACACUUUUGUAACAAGAUGUGGCAGACUGUGCGUUUCACCCUGGGUGCUCUUGUGGACACAGAUGUUCUAGUGACGCCGCUGUCUGAGACAUCUCCCGUGUCGAGCAUAGACAGGUGGAUCUGCUCGCGUCUCUCGGGCACCGUGCAGCAGUGUGAGAGCAGCUUUGAGAGCUACCAGCUUCACGCCGUCACGUCGGCUCUGCACUCCUUCUGGCUCCAUGACCUCUGUGACGUCUAUCUGGAAUGCAUCAAGCCAGUGCUGAAACAGCAGGACAUGGCGGCGAGGCAGGUAGCCACUGCUGUGCUCUAUCACUGCGUGUCUCUCUCUCUCUGCCUCCUCUCCCCGUUUAUGCCCUUUCUCACAGAGGAGCUAUGGCAGAGACUGCAGCCCUAUGGUCCAGACACUAACAGGGCUGUGACCAGCGUGUGUGUGCAGCCUUACCCAAAGGCCUCUCAGCUGAUUCACUGGCAAUUUCCUCAAGAGGAAGUUGAUUUCCCCCUGGUAAAGGAAGUGGUUAGGGUGGCAAGGUCACUAAGGGCCCAAUAUCACAUAACCAAGGAAAGACCUGAUAUGUGGGCAGUGUGCACACCAGACACGGCUCAGACCCUCUACAAUUUCAGCCAUGCUAUCUGUGUUCUGGGCCGGAUUUCUAACCUUUACCUGCACUGUCCUCUGGAGGGUGCUGCCUCCCUGCCAUUCUUCUCUGCACCUCCACCACCUGAAAGGAGCUUCAUUGGUGUGGCUGGCCAUUCCAUCCAGUUACACCUUGAUGUGCAGAAAUUCAGUAAUGCUGACAAACAGGUAACCCUCCUUUCCCAGCGCAGAGAAAAGCUUCUCUCCAAACUUCAGCGAUUUCUCUCUCAGACCAAAGUGCCAGACUACACAGAAAAGGCACCUGAGCAUAUUCAACAGGAGACACAAAAUAAGAUUGCAGCAUUAGAGCAAGAACUAAAGAGCAUUGAUAACCAGCUUUUAGUUUUGAAGGAUGUAAAAAAUGCUCCAGACAGUUAACGAAGAGUAAGAAGAGCGACAAAUAAUUGCAUCUACACUUCAAGCAGGCACUCUUUAAAUAAAUGUUUUUGUACACGUUGGCUGCAUGAAAUAACUUGCUCACCAUGUAACUAGCUACUCAGCUGUUCAGAUUAUGGAACCUUUACUGAGAAACAGAAUUCGUCUUUAUGAAAGUUGAGUACGGCCAGUUUGUUUGUUUUUUGGUUUUUUUUCAGCAAUAAAUAAAAAAUCAAGCUAAAACAUCACG